AUGGCCCGGCCCCGUGUGCGGCUGGUGGUUACGGCAGAUGACUUUGGUUACUGCCCGCGGCGCGAUGAGGGCAUCGUAGAAGCCUUCCUGGCGGGGGCUGUGACCAGCGUGUCCCUGCUGGUCAACGGCGCGGCCUCCGAGAGCGCGGCUGAGCUGGCCCGCAGGCACCGAAUCCCCACGGGCCUCCACGCCAACCUAUCCGAGGGCCGCCCCGUGGGCCCGGCCCGCCACGGCGCCUCGUCGCUGCUAGGCUCCGAAGGCUUCUUCCUCGGCAAGAUGGGAUUCCGGGAGGCGGUGGCGGCUGGAGAGGUAGUCUUGCCCCAGGUGCGGAAGUGCGGCUUCAGGAAGAUGCUCGUGGUGACUCCCCCAGAACUCCGCCCCGAGGGUUCGAGGAGAGCUGGAGGCCCAGCUGAGCCGUUUCCGGGAAUUACUGGGCAGGGACCCUACUCACGUGGACGGGCACCAGCACGUGCACGUGCUCCCAGGUGCGUGGGUUGGUGCUCCCAGGUCUGGGUGGGGGGGGUGCUGCACGUGCCUCUCCCUGACUCUGCCCCGCCCGCAGGAGUGUGCCAGGUGUUCGCCGAGGCGCUGCAGGCCUGCGGGGUGCGCUUCACUAGGCUGCCGAUGGAGCGCGGGGUGGGCGGCUGCACAUGGCUCGAGGCCCCAGCGCGCGCCUUCGCCUGCGCGGUGGAGCAAGACGCCCGCGCCGCCAUGGGCCCCUUUGCCCGCCACGGCCUGCGGUGGACCGAUGUCUUCGUGGGCCUGAGCACCUGCGGCCGGCACAUGUCUGCUCACCACGUGUCAGGGGCACUGGCUAGGGCCCUGGAGGGUAUACCCACUGGACGCGCAGUGACAGCCGAGCUGAUGGCACACCCCGGCUAUCCGAGUGUGCCUCCAGCUGGGGGCAGCAGUGAGGGUCCUGAUGCCUUUUCCUGCUCCUGGGAGCGCCUACACGAGCUGCGUGUCCUCACGGCACCGGUGCUGUGGGCUCAGCUUGCCCAGGACGGCGUGCAGCUCUGCGCCCUCCACGAGCUAGACUCCAAGAGGCCCGGAGAGGGGACCCCCAGCGAAGCCACUCUGGAAACCUUUCUGGAGCCCUCCCCACUGUGACCCUGGCAGACAGCCAAGCAUUAACGUCCCUUGGUGCCCAGGAAGGGAACUGGGUCCCAGAGCAGGCUGUGACUUCCUGGGCUGGAUGCUGCCACCUCUGUGCUCAGGUCCUCAUGGUUCAGAGUGGCGGCAGAGCUUCUGCAAGCCCUCUGGCUGCAGGUGGCAGCCGUGACCUCUGGGCCUGGGGCCUACCAAGCAUUGGGGGGGUGGGGGGGGCUGUGUAAGCAUCACAGUGCUGUGUAAGCAUCUUCCUUGUUUGGGUGCACGGGGCAGAGAUGGCUGUAUUAAUAAAGUAAUGUGUCCUGUAAACUUGGGUGUUUAUAGACUGUGCCCGGGAAACCUUCCCAGACACAAGAAGGACACGAAACUCCUUCGGGGCCCACCGAGGUCACUGUUCCAGAAAAGAUCUGCAGUGCCUCCACCUUUGGCGCUGCUUAUGCUUAGGCUCUUUUCAUUCUUUUCUUUUGGUGGGGGUGGGUAGGAGGAGGGGAGUGAGGGGUUGGAAGAAUGUCUCACUAGGCUACUUUUUGGGAGGCAUAUUAUAAUCUCAAUUUUGACUUUAAAGACAUGACCUUUUCGAAGUAAGCAGCCCUUUGCCAUCCUAGCGGAUGGGUCUGAGGAGGUCCUGCAAACUUGCAGGAGUGUGUUUACGUUUUUCCAGGAGGGAUGGUCUUCUACGGAAAUGGCACCCCUGGUGAUGUGUAGAUGCCCUGUGACCGGGGCUCCUGUGGCCUGGAUCAGGGCAAUGCCGGGAGCAGAUGGAAACCCAUGUGGUCCUUCUUAUCUCAUGUGAUCUCACAUCAUAGUGCCUGUGUGCAGGCACCGGUGCCCCCAUUUUGCAGACCUAGAGAUGGGAGCGGGGGAGCAGAGCUGUGAAGCUGCCUGUUCAUUUACUCAACAUGCACUGGGCCUUAAUCUGUACCAAGCAUGGAACCAGGGCCAAAAGAGUUCUGCACUUUCUAAAGGGGUGAGGGUAGGGCCCCAUCCCCUUGACUGGUGGCUUCAGCCCCCUUUCUGGCUCCAUCCUCUACCCCUACCCUUCCUCUGACCUUGACUUCUCCAGUCGCAGGCCCUUUCCUCCCCCAUUUCAUCCAGGGCUGUGAACUGGAAUGGCUGUGAGUGUGGCCCUGGCCUCCUCGCCCCGGCCCGCUGGGGUCUGGCCGUGCUUCCACAGGCUGCUGGCUGGAGCUGGGCAGCAAGCACAGAGGCACCUCCCUCAAGGCAGGUCUGUUGUUCUGAGAGGAGGGGCUGGCUGUAUGGCUCUGGGGCCCAGGAGAGAGGUGUGGGUGACAAGGGAGAAACUGGGGGGUCUGCACAGAUGCUGGAGGAAGCUGUGGGAGUGGCCACUGUCACCCAGGGAGCCAGAGAGGGAGCAGCAGAGAUGAGGGCCCAGACCAUCCCUAGGCCAUGGGCACUAAAGAACAGAGAGAAGGGGACAAGAAGGCAGAGGGCCCAUUUCGAGGCUGGCCACUGGCAUCCCACCAGGGAGAUGGGGUAUUUUUCGCAUAAAACCUGCUGUGCCCAGGACGGCCCAGGCUAGGGGUUUAGUGUUAGCCACCAAUUCAUCAGGCAUGGAGGAUCUGCUCCAUGCCAGGCCGGGGCUGGGAGCUGGGACACAGCCUGCAAGGAGCUCACAGUCUGGUACACACACGGGGGCAGUCAUGUGACCGGGCUGCAGUGGGGGGUGGGAAUACACAGCAAAGCAUGGGGACAAAGCCUCUGUGAUGUGGAGACUUCCACUCUGGUGACAGCCUGCACGGCACCCCCAGACCAGGCUGCCAGCACCCAGGAAACAGCCGUCUACCAAGUGCGGCCUGGGCCAGGCACCAUGCCGUGCAAGAUCCGACCUUCCGCUCUGCUCCUGGGGCAGGUGUGCCGUUCCCCCUCAUGCAUGAAGGAAGCAGGCGAGGAGGAGCCAGUGCAGACUGGCAGGAGGACUGAGGCUCAGGUGCAGCCCUGCAGGGUGCAGCAUGGACAUGCUGCCAAGGGAAGACAGCGAGAGCAGGGCUGAGGCCACCCCCUGUGGACUUGGCACUGGGAAGUCCAGGGCCCUGGCCAGAGGAGCCGCAAGGGGCAGGAGGGCGCCAGAAGCCAGGCCAAGGUGAUGCAGUCAUUGCGUAUCUUGAGCUGAACAAUGAACAGAGUGAAGAAGGCGAGAGGACGGUGGCCACCGAAUGGAGGGAGUUGAGAGGGUCUCACAGGCUUUGGGGAGGGUCUGUGGCUGUGUCUGGGCUCAAAAGGAGCCAGUCAUGGGAGGCAAGGGCACUGGAGCCAGGCUGUAACAGCACAGGCCAGGGGCCCUUGACCGAGUCACUUUCCUCCUCUGUGAAAGCAGGGUAAUGGUGCCCACGGGUCUGUCAUGAGGACAGUGCUAGGACAAGCAGAGUCCCCACUGAUGAUCAAGGCAGGCCCGCAGCCUCCUUGCUUUCUGGUGCCCCAGAAACUUGCCCCAGGAAGUUCCCUCCUGGACUGCAGACCUAGCUGUCAGGGUCUCAGUUAGUGUCAGACUCCAAGCAGGGGACUCAGCUGACAAUAAGUGUCAGGGCCUUGGCUGGCCUGGUGCUGAGUCAGCACUAGGGCUGCAGUCACAGUCAGGAGACUCAGGAGGUGGGUAAGGGCUGGAGCUAUUCAAGGAAGUGGCCCAGCCCCUCCCUCGGGCACACCCUCACCAGCUCCCUGACCUUCUUCCAGACAGCACCCUCCUCAGGGCCCCAGUCUGCUCCUCCGUUAAAUGUGGUUGAGGUGACACGUAUACAGAGGUCACUCUCCCCUCCCCAGACACCCAAGGGUGUCUCUGCAGCCCUUUCUGCUUCCCUCAGCAUGGCCAGAACACCUCUGUGCACCUCUCCUGGAGGCCAGGCGUGGGGAGAAAGCCAGAAGAACCAGCCCAAGACCCCAGGCCACUGGCACUGCCCACCCCCAGUAAGGAAGAGACCCACACGACCAGACGAGUGUCCGAGAGCAUUUUUAUUAAGGGCAGCAGAGUAGAUCGCAGCAUCUUAGAAAGCCUAGUCCCCUCCAUAGGGGGAGGGGCAGGGGGACCAGGCAGGAGCGUGAAUUCCCACGGGGCCCAUCGGAGGUGUGGUGAUCACAGCCCUCCCCUGCUCUGGGGGAUCCAGCUGUCUGGCCCCGGAGCAGCAAGGCUGCCUGCUGGCGCGCUUCAUGCCUGCCCGAGGGCUCGGGGAGUGCCCGCUGGUGGAGCAGGAGCCCAGCCGGAGGGAGGGACCGCCCACCACCCCGCUCUCGGAGGCCAGGCCCCUGCUGAUGGGCAAACCCCGGCUGUGAUGCCAGAGGAUGCAAGUCCCUGAGGGGCCGCCGGCUUCGACCAUGGUGGACGUCCUCCUGGUGGUGAGCAGAGAAGGGAGGGGGCGAUGGGCGGGCAGAGCUACACUGGUAGAAAUACGAAGCAAUGGGAAAGUUUCCAGGAAUGGCAAUAUUUCUGGAUUCAGAGAAGCGACGAGAACAAAUGGUGGCUUAUCUGGAUAGCUUCUGACAGAAUUUGGCAUUUUAUUACAAAUCUGCAUGUGAGUGAAAUAAAGUCCAUCAUCGCCUUUCUGCUAAUGAAGAGACAGAUGUCGGUGUGCUGGCCGGCGCCCUCACCAGCCCGGGCGCACAGGAGGCUCCAGAACGUGCCUCUUGCGUACCUGGGACUAAAGAAGUUGCGUUCAUGAGACCCGCCGCAGGCUGCACGUAUGCGGCCUCACCCACCAUCACCCCACCUCUGCACACAAGCCACCUCAGGUCUGCAAGCCUGGAAAGACCUCAAGUUAUGGAACUAAAAUUAAAACAGAAAGCCAAGUUUAAGUCAUCUUCUCCACAGGAUCUAGCCCCUGGAGUGCCCAGAAGGGAAGCCACCAGUGACAGAAGUGGAGGUGGUGACACACAGUGCUUGGACCACUGGCUUCCACUAGGUGUCAGUGACAAGGUCUCUACUACUUCAGGGACAGUCCCACUUGCUUUGAAAAGACAUUAACAUUCAAAUCCUUACAAGUUCAUCUGAUGAUAAAUUCUAAGGUCAAUUUUUAUUUCUACAAAAAAAGGCAGUCAAAACAAUAUAAAACAUGUAAAGGAUAUUACUGAGUGAGCUUCACGUGGAGCCUGACUCCGCGAAGGCCAUGAGUCCAGAGGGAGGGGGAGGCUGUCCUGUUCCUGGGCUGGGCCGUCUGGAUGCUCCAGAGGAAGGGCCAGUGGGGUGCCGGCGACCCCAGGCUGGUGCCGGUGACAGAGGAGUCUGCCAGAGGGUCAAACGUGCUGAGGAAGGGCCGCAGUGGGGCUGCUGCACUGAGGACGCAGAGGGUGAGCUCUGAGCUACGUCGGCUGGACACGUCGGUGACAGGUGAGCGUGGAAUUUCAAGUAGACACUCCGGCUUUAGCACUGUCCGCAGGGACCUGGACAUCUUCUAGAACAGCUGCAGGGAGGAGUGGCAACCUGUGGCCUCGGGAGCCUCUCUGGUGAAAAAUUCCUCCCACAAGUGCACCGUGCUCUGGCUGGCACACCCCUGGGGGCUGCCACAGACCUGGUGCUGGGGGGUCUCCUUAAGCAGGCCGGCCCAGGUGGAGUUCAUCAUGACGUGGACAGCAGGGUUUGCCAAUCUGGUCAGCAUUACUGGGGUAACAUUAGCCAGAGUUUUACAGCAGAGCUAGGCCUCCCUUUCCACAGCUUUGUUUUUGGGAGGGGGUGGGAGGGGAGAUGGUUGUUUGCUUGUUUUUUAAUUUUUUUAAAAGGAUAUUAUAAAUCAGAGUCAAGAGAAUCUUAACCGACUCCCACACCAGGCCGUGCGCCAAGAAGGGGAGCAGAGGAGCCGAAAAGGCCUCCACUGCCCCUCCCGGCGGGAGGCGGGGCCUGGGUUUGGGGAAGUGAGUGAAAAACAAACUAAAUGCAAGAAAGUGGGAGUCGCAAGGGCAGGGGAAGAGGGGAACCACAACUUUUUUUUAACCUUAU